AAGUUUCUGGCUUUGCAAAGGUUAAUUAUAAAGAAGUUCACAUAUUUUUUUGCAAAACCCGAAAAGGAAGAGUGGUGAAGCUUGGGUUUUUAUUUAAUAGAUAUUUAAAUAGAGUGUUUGGGGUUUUUUUUUGGAGUGAAGCGUGGUGGCCUGGUGGGGGUUGAAAUCAGAAUAUAUGUGGGAUAAGAGGGUAAGGAUUUUUGUAGUGGUGGCGGUGGGGAGUGGUGGUGCUGAUUCAAAGGAGAUGAGAGGGAACAUUCUGAGAUUUGGCUUUUUGUGGGAAAAUGUUAAAUAGAAGGGAUAGAGGGAAGUGAUGGGUGUCAAAAGAUGAGGACCAGCUCCUCUUUUUGAUGUGAUUUUUGGUCGGGUAGUUUUUAUGCUAUGUGGGGUUUGGUUUUCUUGUUUUUUCGUUUUGGUGUUUAUUUGGUGUUGUGGCUAAAAGGGUAAUAGCGGUUGCUUCAUGCACUGCAGUGGACAGUUAACAUCCUGCUUACUCUUUGAGUGUUAAUGAUAUAUUGAUGUUGGAUUCUUGGUACUUGGAAGGGCAAUAAUAGUAAAGGGAGCUGCUUUGGGACAUAUAAGGCUCUUUUCUAGUGACCCCUCCAAGGUUUUCUACCUUAAGCAUAGGAGUAAAAGGUUAGAGUUUCCUUAAUACAAGAGUUGUAAAGGAAUGUGCAUCCUGGGUUUUGGGGUAUAGAGAUUUUUUUUUUUCAUUUUGUGGACCAGAAAAAAAGUUCAUGGCAGUGUAGUGUGAGAGAGAGAGAGAGAGAGAGAUAUCCAUUGAAAGUAGAAAAACAAAGAGAAUAAGAUUAAACAAAUAAGGGAAAGGGCGGUGGUGUCAGUUAUAAGCAAGUGGGUUUGUCUUUGGCUUUGAGAAUUAUAUAUGUUAGAGACCAUGUGUUCACUAUGUCUCCUUAGCUAAUCUUUGCAUCCCGGAGUCCUUGGUUUGUGUUAACAACUGAGGAAGCAACCCAUUUUCUUUUGGGGGGGUCUCUUCAUAGUCAAGUGACCACUUUGUAAAAUCAAUCUUAAAUCUCCAUUUAUUCAUUUCUACCCUCAUUUGACCUCAUUUUGUGUGAAAAGAUUCGGUCAGACUAGAAAAUGCACAUGGUUUUCUUUUGAUCCAUCCUUCCUGUGGUUGAAAUUGAAAUUUUUGAGGAUCUUAGUUAGUGGAGGUUUCCCUUAUAGUGGUGUCUUGGGUACUAAUUUGUGCCACUGCAAUAUUUGUAGAUAUAAGAGGAAGUGAAAUUGUGUGAGUGUUGGAAAAUACAAUUUGUUUAGCCAAGAUGAAGUUUAUGAAACUGGGAUCCAAGCCUGAUUCAUUUCAGACUGAUGGAGGUUAUAUCAGGUUCGUUGCAAGUGAGUUAGCAACUGACAUGGUCGUUAACGUUGGGGAUGUGAAAUUCUAUCUGCAUAAGUUUCCGUUGUUAUCCAAAAGUGCACGCUUGCAGAAGCUGGUUGCAGCAACAAAUGAUGCGAAUGGUGAUGAAAUCCACAUUCAAGAUAUACCUGGUGGACCAGCAGCAUUUGAAGUAUGUGCUAAGUUUUGUUAUGGAAUGACUGUCACUCUCAAUGCGUACAAUGUUGUCACAGCUCGAUGUGCUGCUGAAUACCUCGAGAUGUAUGAAACUAUUGAGAAAGGAAAUCUCAUCUAUAAGAUUGAUGUCUUCCUGAAUUCGAGCAUAUUCAGGAGCUGGAAAGAUUCCAUCAUUGUUCUUCAAACAACAAAAUCUCUGCUUCCAUGGUCGGAGGAACUAAAGGUUGUCAGCCACUGCCUUGAUUCGAUAGCUUCCAAGGCUUCAAUUGAUACUUCCAAGGUGGAAUGGUCAUAUACCUAUAAUCGGAAAAAGAUAGCAUCAGAGAAUGGAAAUAGUCCACAGUGGAAUGAUGCAAGAAAACCACAAAUGGUUCCGAAGGACUGGUGGGUAGAAGAUCUUUGUGAGCUUCCUAUUGAUCUAUACAAGCGCGUGAUUGUGACGAUUAAAACAAAAGGCAGAGUUUCUGGAGAUGUAAUUGGAGAAGCCCUAAAUGCAUACACCCUAAGAAGAUUGCCUGGUUUUAGCAAGGGUGUGAUCCAGAAUAUUGAUUUCGUAAAGUAUCGGUCAUUGGUGGAGACCAUUGUGUGGCUGCUGCCAACUGAGAAAGGAGUUGUUUCUUGUAGCUUCUUGCUUAGAUUAUUAAGAGCAGCAAUUUUUUUGGAUUGUGGAGAAACAGAGAGAAAUGAGUUGAUGAGGAGAAUUGCUCAGCAGCUUCCGGAGGCAACGAUGAAUGAUCUAUUAAUUCGAGCUCCACCUGGUGAAGCAACAGUAUAUGAUGUUGACAUGGUUCAAAACUUGGUUGAGGAGUUUGUGACUCACAGUUCUCAAACCGAACCCGUAGAUAAUGAAUUCCUGGGGAGUAGAAGCCCUAAGUUUGGACCUGAUGCUUCUAAAGUGUUGGUAGCAAAGCUAAUUGACUGUUACCUAGCUGAAAUUGCACGAGAUCCGAAUUUACACCUUUCAAAAUUUGUCAAUCUUGGUGAAACUAUAGCUAGCUUCUCGAGACCUUCUCAUGAUGGACUUUACCGUGCCAUAGACAUGUAUCUCAAGGAACAUCCUGGAAUCAGCAAGAGUGAGAGAAAGAGAAUAUGCAAGUUAAUGGACUGCAGGAAGCUAUCAGCUGAGGCCUGCAUGCAUGCUGUGCAAAAUGAGAGACUCCCGUUGCGAGUCGUCGUGCAGGUCCUCUUCUUUGAGCAAGUCAGGGCUACAGCAUCAGCUGAAAACAGCACGUCCGAUCUCCCAGGGUCCAUCAGGGCCCUUCUCCCUGGUGGGUCUCAUGGCAGCUCAAGGUCCACUACAACGAACACCGAAGAGGAUUGGGAUUCGGUGCCAACAGCUGAUGAUAUCAAAGCUUUGAAAGGGGAGCUUGCUACUCUAAGAUUAGGCAGUAAUGAUAGUGGAAAUGAAGCAGCUAAAUCCGAUGUCGAAAAGGUUGCUGCUAGUCGAAUGAAAGGUUUGGUGAUGUCAAAAAUAUUCUCGAAACUUUGGUCGAGUAAGGAAAGACAUGGUGAAAUUAGCAGCUCGGAUACAUCAGACAGCCAUGGAUCUGUGAAUGCGGAAGAAACAAAGUCCACCCCUUCUAGAAGUAGGAGACAUUCACUAUCUUAGUUCAGGAUGAUGCCCUUAGCAGAGCAUUGAAACUUGCCUUUUGUCUGGCUUUGUAAAAUUGUCUAAGAAGAUGACAGUAGGAGACUAGAACCAACUGAUUUUUCUAGCUAAGCUUACCACUUUGGAUGUUUCGAGCAAAUGGAAUGAUGCACGUUGAAUAA